AUGCUACCCCUGCUGCUGCUGCCCCUGCUGUGGGGGGGCCUUUGUGUCCCCCCAGGGUCCCUGCAGGAGGAUACACAGUAUGAGCUCCGAGUGCAGGAAUCAGUAACAGUGCAGGAGGGUCUGUGUGCAGAUGUGCCCUGCUCUUUCUCCUACCCCUGGAGCUGGUGGUCUUCCCCUGGGAUCCCAUAUAUGUACUGGUUCCGGGAUCGGGACAACAUAUACAAUUCCCAGCCUGUGGCUACAAAUAACUGAAGGAUAAAGGUGAAGACAGAGACCCAGGACUGAUUCCACCUCAUCGGGACCCUUGACAGCAACUGCUCCCUGAGAAUCAGAGAGGCCAGGACAAGUGACCAGGGAGUCUACCAAUUCCGAGUGGAGAGAGAGAAUGUGAGAUAUACUUACAGAGAUAAGAAGCCGACCCUGAAGGUGGCAGCCCUGACACAGAAACCAGACACCCACUUUCUGGAGCCCCUGAAGUCUGGCUUCCCCCAAAAGCUGACCUGCAGUCUGCCGGGAUUCUGCAAAGGGGGAAGACCUCUCACCUUCUCCUGGGUAGGGGGUGCUCUGGACCGGCUGGACCCCCAGACCCUGUCCUCCUUAGUGCUGACCCUCACCCUGAGGCUGCAGGACCAUGGCAGCAACCUCACCUGUGGUGUGUCCCUGCCAGGAGCUCAGAGCACCGUGGAGAGAACCAUCAGGCUCAAUGUGUCCUUCCUGAAGACCCUGACCAACCACUUGUCACUGCCUGUCUUGAAGGGCCAAUACCUGCCUCUGGUCUGCAGUGCUGACAGCAGCCCCCCUGCCAUGCUGAGUUGGUCCUGGGAAGGAAAAGCCCUGAGCCCCUCCCAAUCCUCAGCACCAGGGGUCCUGGAGCUGCCCCAUGUAGGGUUUGAAGAUGAAGGGGAAUUCACCUGCCAGGCUCAGCACCCACUGGGCUUCUAGCACAUUUCCUUCAGCCUCUCUGUGCAAAGAAGCCCCUCUUCCUGCAACUGUGUGAUUGAAGAACAGGAGAGCUCCUGGCCGGUCCUCACCCUGAUCAGAGGGGCCCUCAUGGGGGCUGGCUUCCUCCUCAGCUGGUGCAUGGGCCUGUCCCUCUCCAGGGAAGUCUGCUGA